UACUCUGCUCGGUUUCAGCUGUCCUGCCAUUCACAGCACCUCUGUUGUAGCACUUGUUUUCUCAACUAGGAUUGAACUUCGAGGAGGUGGUGCACAGAUCCGUCAGUCAGUGUUGGAGCAAUAAUUAGAACGGCGGUCUCUGCGAUAUUGUGCGGCACUGCUGCGCAAGCUCGUAAAAGAGCUUGUUGAGCUCGAGGUAUGGGUGUUUCAGCAGCACUCGGAGCUCAAGCUCCCAUAGCAUUGAGCGUCUCGGGAGCUCUCGGUGCCAGUUCUUCACUGAGAAGAGAGAGCGUUUGCUCAACUUCUGGGUCGUCGUGUUGCAGCUGGAAGAUGUCUAUCAGUUCUGGAAUCAAGGUAGGUGUCUUGGAAGGCAGCAGCGAUGCUGCAUUGCCGUGCUCGAAUGGUAUCCGAGCUGUGGCUAGCGAGCCCCGGGCGAAGAAAGCGUCGGCUGCGGGGGAAUCUGACAAAGAUAUCAAGCCCCAAGCCAACCCUCUCUCAACAAAUCCUUCCGAGAUCGCCUCUAACAUCAAGUACCACGCUGAAUACACCCCUUCCUUCUCGCCAUACAAGUUUGAGUUGAAGCAAGCAUAUGUUGCUACAGCGGAGAGCUUGAGGGAUACGCUGAUUGAAAGAUGGAACCAGACGUACAAGCACUUCUCGAAGGAGAAUGCGAAGACCAUUCACUAUCUGUCUAUGGAGUUUCUGCAGGGAAGAGCCCUGCUGAAUGCCAUUGGCAACUUGGAGCUAAAUGACGCGUAUUCCGAAGCCCUUCACAAACUCGGCUAUGACCUCGAAGCUGUCGCCGAGCAGGAGCCAGACGCUGCCCUUGGUAAUGGAGGGUUGGGCAGACUGGCUUCGUGCUUUCUGGACUCCUUGUCCACUUUGAACUACCCUGCGUGGGGCUAUGGAUUGCGCUACAAGUAUGGGCUCUUCCAGCAAUCUAUCACCAAGGAUGGUCAGAAAGAGCAGUGCGAGAAGUGGCUCGAGAUGGGCUACCCGUGGGAAAUUCCAAGGAACGAUAUCUCCUACCCCAUCAAGUUCUUCGGCCAAGUGGCGGAGGGUCAGGGCGGAAAGAGAGAGUGGGUGGGAGGUGAGAAUGUGAGAGCAUUCGCAUACGACGUGCCAAUCCCUGGCUUCCGCACUAAGAACACUAUUAGUCUGCGGUUGUGGUCUACCAGAGUCGCAGCUGAGGACUUCGAUCUCGCUGCAUUCAACUCUGGCGACUACAGCAAAGCCGGCGAAGCUCAUGCCAAUGCUGAAAGAAUUUGCUAUGUGCUCUACCCUGGGGAUGCCACCGAGGAAGGGAAGCAGUUGCGGUUGAAGCAGCAGUACACACUCUGCUCAGCUUCCAUUCAGGAUAUCAUGGCGCGCUUCAAGGAGAGGUCGAAAGGUGCACUGAACUGGGAUGCCCUACCUUCUAAGGUGGCUAUCCAGAUGAACGACACGCACCCCACUCUUUGUGUUCCUGAAUUGCUUCGUAUCCUCAUCGACGAAGAAGGUCUUGCCUGGGACGAGGCCUGGAAAAUUACUCAAGCGACUGUUGCUUACACAAACCACACCGUCCUCCCUGAAGCAUUGGAGAAGUGGCCUUUGACUACGUUCCAGAAGUUGCUUCCACGUCACGUUGAGAUUAUUGAGACUAUCGACGAGCAGUUCAUGAGCUUCGUUGCUGGCAAUGUAGAGAAAUCAGAGUUGGAGUCAAAGAUUGCAAGCAUGCGUAUCCUCGAGAAUGUUGAUCUUCCUGCUUCCAUCCAGUCUCUUCUACCACCAAAGCCUGUCAGGGAGAAGGCGAAGAAGGUGAAGCCAGUCACUGAUGCUGCAAUCAAAGAGAACGGUACCAAAUCACCCGUCAAGGAAGCAGCAGCGGAAGAGGAGGAAGAAGAGGAAGAGGAGGUUGUCCCUCCGAAACCCGCGUCCACAGUGCGAAUGGCCAACUUGUGUGUGAUUGCCGGGCACAAGGUGAAUGGAGUAGCUGCCAUUCACAGCCAAAUUGUGAUUGACGAAGUUUUCAACGACUUCUAUCAGCUCUGGCCGGAGAAGUUCCAGAACAAGACCAAUGGAGUAACACCCAGAAGGUGGUUGAAGUUUUGUAACCCUGAAUUGAGCUCAGUCAUUACCAAGUGGCUCGGCUCAGAGGAGUGGGUACUUGACACCAAGCAAUUAUCAGGCCUCCGCAAUUUUGCAGACAACAAAGAGCUGCAACAGGAGUGGGUGAACGCGAAGGUUGCAAGAAAGGCUAAACUGGCUGCGUACAUUAAAUCCAAGACUGGGUACACAAUCAAUCCCAAUGCCCUCUUUGAUAUUCAGGUGAAGCGUAUUCACGAAUACAAGAGGCAACUGCUCAACAUCAUGGGUGUCAUUUACCGGUACAAGAAGAUGAAGGAGAUGAGCGAAAAGGAACGGGCUGCUAAGUACGUACCCCGCGUCGUCAUGUUCGGAGGAAAAGCUUUUGCUACCUACUGGCAAGCCAAGCGGAUUGUGAAGCUCAUUACAGAUGUUGCUGCAACUGUUAACAACGACCCUGAAAUUGGGGACUUGCUGAAGGUAAUUAUGGUUCCUGACUACAAUGUCAGUGUUGCAGAGGUUCUUAUCCCUGCAAGUGAACUCUCACAACACAUAAGUACUGCGGGAAUGGAAGCAAGUGGCACGAGUAACAUGAAGUUUUCGAUGAAUGGAUGUGUCCUGAUCGGCACUUUGGACGGUGCCAAUGUCGAGAUCCGGGAAGAAGUUGGAGAGGACAAUUUCUUCUUGUUCGGAGCAUACGCCCAUGAAAUUGCUGGACUCAGAGCAGACCGCGCUGCUGGCAAGUUCCAGCCUGAUCCGAGAUUCGAAGAGGUGAAGAGUUUCAUCAGAAGUGGGGUAUUCGGCGACUAUGAUUACAAUGAACUUCUGGGAUCUUUGGAAGGUGACUCUGGCUAUGGAAGAGGAGAUUACUUUUUGGUCGGACACGAUUUCCCAGCCUACAUUGAAUGCCAAGACAAGGUUGACGAAGCAUAUAGAGACCAGCAGAGAUGGACGAGGAUGUCGAUCAUGAAUACUGCAGGAUCGUACACAUUCAGCAGUGACCGCACCAUCCAUGAGUACGCCAAGGACAUUUGGGAAAUCACUCCCUCACCUCUGGAAUGAGUGAUCUUCACACCAUGAUGUCGAAUUCCAGCACAACUCCUACGCGUUGAAUUUUUCUAUGCCUCGACGUGUGAGGAAAUGAUUUAUUUUAUUUCAUUGCACUAGGCUUGUAGAGUUUGAUUUGCGAUGUAUGCUCCCUACAGGCUAGAUUUCGGAAGAACUGUUUGUAGUCUCUUCCACUUCAUCAAUCUCUACAGCUCUGGCUCAUGCAAUACUGAAACUUCCUAGUAGGUUCAAUAUCCUUCCAUGUUAUCCGAAGAAUGGAACACUUCUUAAUCUGUAAUUCCUGUUGAUACAAGGAAUAAUUUGCAAGCAACAUUUUUGUUGCCAGUUUUGGGUCGAAA